GUCACACAGUGACGAGAUCAAAAGGACAUGCACACACAAACAAGAAAACGGAAAGAGGGAGAGAGCUAAGUAGUUGUGGUCCUCACAACCUUAAAGCUCUGCUCAUAAUGUUGUACUGCUAAAUAGCUUUUGAAGUCUUUUGUCUCGGCAUGGUUUCUGUUUCAUUCAUUACUCUGUUUCUUUUUCAAAUCGACACUUUAUGAUUUAUAUCCAUCUUUCUGCUUUAUUUUUUUUGUAAAUUGAUCAUCAUCCCCCUCGAUUGAUUGGAGAAAGAAAAAAAAUGAACCCUUCAACUGAUCACAUGCAUCAUCACGGUAGGUCAUCGUCAACAUUGAGUCUCAAGUUUGCUGGAAACAGCAAACUCAAGGAGGAAGCAGAGGAAGAGGACAUGGGAGAGGAAGAGGAGGAAGAGGAAGAAGAAGAAGAAGAGGGAUUUGAGGAGAAUGAAGUAGAAACUGAAGACGAAGAAGAUGAUGAAUUUGCGGAAGUUGUGAGAAUUAAGGAAGAGGGUCGAGAAAUUGAUGAGGAAAUGGUUCAGCUGAAGAAAAAAAGAAUUGAUCUUGAUGGUGGGAUAUUCUCUCCUGGAAACAAGAAGUCAACAGUUCCUUCUUCUGCUGCCGGUGGUGGCAGUAGCGGCGGCGGUGUACCACCGCUUAUCUGUAAGGUGGAGAAGUGCGGAGCUGAUCUCACUGACUGCAAAAAGUAUCACAAGAGGCAUAGGGUCUGUGAGCAUCAUGCCAAGGCUCAAGUAGCUAUUGUUGAUGGCCUGAGACAGAGAUUCUGUCAGCAAUGCAGCAGGUUCCAUGAGCUGCCAGAGUUUGAUGAUACAAAAAGAAGCUGCCGGAGGCGUCUCGAGGGACACAAUGCGCGACGCCGCAAGAGCUCCAUGGAGUCUCGGGGAGAGGGGUUAACCCACGGAGGAUCUGGACUUGCAGCCAAGAAUGAUCAAUGCAGGCUAGUCCAGGAAAGAGGCCGAGGCCAGAUGGUUUUUCCCAAGAAUCACCGUAACCUCCAUAUCCAUUCCUGAUUCUCCAGUAGUUGCUUACUCUCUUCUGUCAUCGUCUGGCGUAUUUGCUGCCCGCAUUAAGGAUGCCUAGGCCUAGUUAGUUUGCAAGUUUAAGAGAUUCUUGAUGAUCUUCUCAGCUCGUCUCUUCUAAGAACUGUAAUAUUGUGUGAUCUUUUAGUCUCCUUGAGUCUCUUUUCCUAGCAGUUAAUGUAAGACUAUUUCGGUUUGAUUGCUUUAGUCCCCUUGAGCGUUUCUAGUUAUUUUGGAUCUUAUCUCUCCUUUCCCCUUUCUAAUAAUACACCACUCUUCCUCCUGAAUUAACUUAAGCUGAUCAUCACUGAGCCCAAUGAUGAGAAAAAUCUCAUAACUAAUUCGAAAACUUUAUUUCAAUAGUCUAUACUUGCAGAACAUACAACGUGUAGUGUAAGGCUGCUGUCUGCAUUUAUUUAUUAUUUAUAUAUACAACAUCGGGUGGGAGCUGUUCAACUUCAACAUGUUCUUUUGAAGAUAAAGAGAUUCCAAGUACUACCUUACAAAAACAAAUUACACGCCUAAACAACUAAGAACUUGCUGCAUUUUAUCGAAAAACAACCUACCAAAAUUAGGGUAAAUCACGCAAGCUAGAUCAUUUGAACUUUAUCACCACACAUGAGAUGUCAUCACUGCUAUGCCUAGCAAUGGCUUCCUCAUUAAGGCGCUUUGCUGCAGACUUGGCAUCCUUUUCACCUUUAAUGCAGUCCACGGCCUCUUGAUUGGACAUUACCUGUAACCAAAGUAGUAGGUGAUAUCGUGAUCUUAAAUGCCAAGCAGUUCUCUAAAUUUAAAUGAAGUAAAACAUCCUUGAACCAGGAUUGUUAGAAG